GGGCAGUCGGAAUGAUAUUUGUGAACCACAGGAAGUGUAACAGAGGUCGCUGCUGCUGCACAUAAUAAUGUACGCAUGUGUCUGAACGGUGGUGUUUACAAAGGUAGUGAGACUGGAAACAGGGGAUUGUCUCCAAGAUAGCAGCAGGAGAUGAAGACAAAGAAGACAAGUCGGUGGGAUAUAUAAGAUAAUGAUUGACAGUGUAUGUGUUUGAAUGAGGGAUAUCAGUAUAAACAGGAGAAGUGUUAGAACUACUGUAUAGUUAGUCUGAUCCCACUGGAGGUGGAGGAGGGGGGGGGUGCAGAUAUCAGCAACAUGCCCCUGUCAGACUUUCUGGACGGCCUGAAGGACAACCCUUACUUUGGGGCCGGGUUUGGACUCGUUGGGGUUGGGACAGCGUUGGCAGUGGCCAGGAAAGGUGCCCAGGUGGGGAUGAUCUUCUUCCGCAGGAACUACAUGAUCACUCUGGAGGUCCCCAGCCGGGAUAAGAGCUACCACUGGCUGCUGAGCUGGAUCACCAAGCACGCCAGGCACACCCAGCACCUGAGCGUGGAGACCUCCUACCUGGCACAUGAGAGUGGACGGGUCCACACGCAGUUUGACUUCCACCCAAGUCCUGGGAACCACAUCAUCUGGUAUGGGAGGAAGUGGAUCCGGGUGGAGAGGACCAGAGAGAAGCAGAUGUUGGAUCUGAACACAGGAACCCCGUGGGAGUCUGUAACCUUCACUGCUUUAGGCAGAGACAGACAAAUAUUCUUUAAUAUCUUACAAGAAGCAAGAGAAUUGGCCCUGAAGCAGGAAGAGGGACGUACAGUGAUGUACACAGCCAUGGGUGGAGAGUGGAGGCCCUUUGGGUUUCCACGGCGACGCAGACCCCUCAGCUCCGUGGUCCUGGAGGCGGGCGUGGGUGAAAGGAUCGUAGAUGAUGUGAAGGAGUUCAUCGGAAACCCCAAGUGGUACACAGACAGAGGCAUCCCCUACAGAAGAGGAUAUCUGCUGUAUGGUCCUCCAGGGUGUGGAAAAAGCAGCUUUAUCACGGCACUGGCGGGCGAGCUGGGCUACAGCAUCUGUCUGAUGAGUCUGAGCGACCGCACCCUUUCAGAUGACCGUCUGAACCACCUCCUGAGCGUGGCACCGCAGCAAAGCAUCAUACUGUUGGAGGAUGUAGAUGCAGCCUUUGUCAGCCGAGACCUGCUUCCCACAGAGAACCCUCUGGCCUACCAGGGAAUGGGGAGACUGACUUUUAGUGGCCUGCUGAAUUCUCUGGACGGAGUGGCUUCAUCCGAGGCCAGAAUAGUUUUUAUGACGACCAACUUCAUUGACAGGUUAGACGCUGCACUGAUCCGACCCGGCCGUGUUGACGUGAAGCACUACAUUGGUCACUGCACUCACUGGCAGCUUACGCAGAUGUUCCGGCGGUUCUACCCAGACGAGCCUGCCUCUGAAGGAGAGCGGUUUGCAGACCGUGUGUUAGCCGCCCACUCUGAAAUCAGUGCUGCUCAGGUGCAAGGACACUUUCUGCUGCACAAAAUGGACCCUGCAGGAUCUAUAGACAAUGUUGCCCAAAUACAAGAAUGACAGGACUGGAGACUGAUCACUGAAUAAAGAGAAACAUGACAAACAUUAGUAAAUCAUUUUCAUUGAUCAAUAAAAUAAAUACUUUUCUGUUCA